UUCCGUUUUAAGAAUAGUCGUUAAUACGUUAUUACAUUGUUUACAACUCGCACGUGUUUAUAUCAAACUUGUUCUUUUUGUUAAAACAUGACUUAAACAUGAAAGUUAAGGUCUUAAGUAGGAAUCCAGACAAUUAUCUGCGUGAAACAAAAAGAGAUAUACACAAAGUUCCAAGAAACUAUGAUCCGACCCUUCACCCUUUUGAAGCUCCAAGGGAAUACAUCCGUGCAUUGAAUGCCACAAAGUUAGAGCGCGUGUUUGCCAAGCCUUUCAUUGGCUCCUUGGAUGGGCAUCGAGAUGGUGUGAACUGCCUAGCCAAGCAUCCUCACCAGUUGUCCACCCUUGUGUCCGGCUCGUAUGAUGGCGAGGUGAAGGUUUGGGACCUUACAAGGCGUGAAUGCAUCUCGUCCAUCCAGGCCCAUGAUGGGUUUGUCCAAGGCCUGUGUGCAGUGCCCGACGGGUCUUCAUUCCUCACCUGUGGAACAGAUAAGACAGUGAAGCAAUGGUCCAUAAACGAAGAAGGCAGAAUAAACCCAGAACCUGUAGUCACACUGCUGGGAAAGACUGUGUUUCAACAAAUCGACCACAGCCUGGGUCACAACUCGUUUGCCACCUGUGGGGAGCAGGUGGACAUCUGGGAGGUUGAUAGGGCGGAGCCUGUGAGGUCAUUCACCUGGGGGGUGGACACUGUCCAUGCAAUCAAAUUUAACCCUAUAGAGACACAUAUACUGGCCGGGUGUGCAGUUGAUAGGAGUAUCCUACUGUACGACAUGAGAGGGUCUGCCCCACUCAGAAAGGUGAUAUUGAAGCUGAAGUCCAACGCCCUUGCCUGGAAUCCCAUGGAAGCCUUCAUCUUCACAGUAGCUAAUGAGGAUUACAACCUGUACACAUUUGAUAUGAGGAAACUGAGUAUGCCAUUGAAUAUUCACAAGGACCACAUUUCUGCUGUUUUGGAUGUGGACUAUUCGCCAACUGGCAAAGAAUUUGUAUCGGGCAGUUUUGAUAAGACUUUACGAAUAUUCCCGUAUGAUAAAGGACACAGUCGAGAAGUAUAUCAUACGAAGAGAAUGCAGCGCGUCUCCGUGGUGAAGUGGUCCCUUGACAACAAGUAUUUACUGUCUGGCUCCAUGGAGAUGAACAUCCGAGUCUGGAAGGCUCGAGCAUCCGAAAAACUGGGAAUUCUGAAGCCAAGGGAGAAGUCAGCAUUCAGCUACAGUGAAAAGCUUAAGGAAAAGUUUGCAAGUCACCCACAGGUCAGACGUAUAGCGCGCCAUCGCCACGUUCCCAAGAUGAUCUACAAUGGCCAGAAGGAGCUACGACAGAUCAAGACCUCACAGAAACGAAAGGAGGCAAAUGUAAGAGCCCACAGCAGGCCUGGGACUGUUCCAUUUGUACCAGAGGGAAAGACCAAAGUAAUAGCGGAGAAAGAAUAAGCGGAAGCAUUUGGAUGCCGGCAAUGGGAACUGUUGGAACGCAAAUACAUUUUCUCCACUUCUCAGAGGGAGUUUGUGUUCUGUGUUCAUUAUGAGCAAAGAUGGCCUGAAUAAUAUCAUGUACACUGUAUAAUAUUCAACCUCUUAUUUAAAAAACAACUUAUUUCGAUUUUAUUAACUUGCAUCAAUUGAUAGUUCAUAAAUAAAGUUACCUGUAAAUA